CCAGGACCCACAGCAGGCCUUGAAGAUCGAUUUGGAGACCCUUGCAGUGGAGGGUCUGCUGGUCAUGAAUCUUAAUUUGCUGUUGAUGGGGCUGUUUUCAGUUGUCAUGAUAACAGGAGCAGUUACAAAUAAUGACAACAGAUUGGAUUAUGGACAUUGGAACUACAGAGAUGGAGCCGACAAUGUUAAUGUGGAGUCAGUUCGCAGUUUGACUAAAGUUUUGGAUGUGUGGGGAAAAGGGAUUUUCAAGGAAAUCAAGACUUUGCUUCAUUCCCAACCCACAACACUGCUCCCUGACUAUUCCAGGGUGCGUCCUCUAUCAGAGACCAUCAACGACCUGUUCAAAGAAGUUUCAAUGCUGCAUCAGCGUAUCACAGAGCUCUCUGAUCGCCUAGCAACCAUGGAACCGUUCUUCCGUCACCAUGGCUACCAUGAGGAGGGACUUGGGGAUAACCUGUCUUUGGCACGUCAGAGCCUGAAAGGUGAGGAGGCGAUCCUGGCAUCCGCAUGGGAGAAGACUCACCCAAAGAAGGGCGGCCGAGUGGUAAGGAGACGGAGGGUGAAGGUGUUUAAGAAACAGGAGUCAAGGGGAGCGCACAGUGACAGCUAAUGCCGAAAGAUGAAAAAGCUGGAGAUUUUUCUUUUUUAAUCAUUAUUAUUGUAUGAAAUCAUAUUCCCCCCAAAAUAUUGACGCUGCACAUCCUGCAAAAUAUAUUGUUUUUAAGUUUCAGAAAUAUACAAUCUACUUUGGUUUAUUGUAACAUUGAAUCUUGAAAUUCACACAAUAAAUCUUCAAAAUCACCUAAUUUUGUGGUCAACAAACCUGUUUUGAGGAGGAAAAAAAAAAAAAAAAAAAAAAAGGAUCAUCAUAAUGCAGUUUAGAAAGCAGUUGCACUGUUGCUUUCAAGCCAGAGGGAAAAUAUGUUAGGGAAUAAAAUAUUUUAAGAAGAUUGUAUUUGCACAGGUUACAUUAAUGUGCAAAAAUUAUAUUAGUAAUUCAAAAGUGACGAGUCUUUUAUGUGUAUGUGAAAAUGCAAGCGAUAAUAAUAAUAAUGAUAAUAAUAACCUGUCAAGUGAUAAUAAUAAUAAUUAAGUUUGUCAUAAAGAGAAAGUCUGCUAAAUUGUUUUCCUGGUUUGAUUACGUGGUGUUCCGCAUAUUAACCGACUAUGCCAAUUUUAGGCAUGUGGGAGGAAACCAAAGCAUCCAGACAACACCCACACGCCCACUCUCACAACAUUCACGUCCCAAAUUAAUCAGUCAUAUUUAAAUGAAUGGUCAAGGGUCUAUCAAUGAAGCAAAUGUAUUAAUUGUUGAAAGAACAGAUUUUUUUUUUCUUUUUCAUCUCAACCAACGUGGCUGUAAAAUUGAUUAAAUGUUUAGUCCGGAUUGAAGCCUUUGCUAUACCUCAUUUCGCCACAGAGUGUCAGUGUCACUUGGACUGUAAUCACAACCGGCGAAGGCCAAGACUUAAAACCAGCCAAGGUUUCACCACGUUUUAACUCAACUGUUGAUAUCACAUUGAAACACAUUGAAUUUCUGUCUUAUCCUAACACUGGGUCCAUUUCUACAUUUUUUUUGUGAAAAGGUUACUGUUUUCAUGGAUGGUAUUUGCGCAUGCCUUAAAGAGCAUAUGACAGGAGAAAAAAAGUCUUAAAUGGCAUUAUUAUGUGAAUUAGAAUCAUAUUUUGAGACGAUUCGACUAUAUACAACAAUUUAGCAAAGCACAGAUGACGAGAAAUUAGUCUUUUAAUCUGCCGGUUAGCCACGCCUACCAUUAUAGGGCUUUAGCGUCCCCAACAGGUGGAUGACGUCAGAGGUAGACUGGGCUCAUCGGUUUUACUAUUCAGCCUAUUGAGGGGGAAUUAUUCAGAACGAGGAAAACGUGACGAAGAGAGCCGCAAAAUGUCAUUGUUUCAGUCUCUCUACUCCAAUAUUUUUACAGGAUAUUCUUUUUAUCCAAGUAUUUUUUCCCAAUAGCUAUAUAAAUGGCUUGAGAAGAACCAGUCAGCCCAUGGAGGGGGAACUAUUCACAACGAGGAAAACGCGACGAAGAGAGCGGCAAAAUGUCAUUGUUUCUGUCUCUUUACUUCAAUAUUUUUUACAGGAUAUUCUUUUUAUCCAAGUAUUUUCCCCAAUAGCUAUAUAAAUGGCUUGAGAAGGACCAGUCAGCCCAUCGAGGGGGAACUAUUCACAACGAGGAAAACGCGACGAAGAGAGUGGCAAAAUGUCAGUUGCCACGUUUACAUGGAGCCAAAUAUUCCAAUUACAAUCGGAAUAUUUGUUCAAACCGAAUAAAUGUGUUCCAUAUAAACACCUCAUUCAGAAUGAACAGGCCCAAACCGAAUGGAAUUUCAUUCCGAUUCACAGGGGUGGAAUAUUCCUUUUCCCAAACCGAUUAGAAGUAAAAUUAUAUCAUGUAAACAGGGAAGCGGAAUGGUGUCUGGUUGCGUUCUUUCUGCGCAUGCUCCGUACUGACGUGGUGACGUCACUCGGUGACGUAAGUAACGUCACUUGCAACAUGGCUUCCAAGCACACGCACAGCGCACCCACACAACUUUUUAAAUGAACGGCGUAUCAUUCUGAAGUUUUGUUUCCACUCGAAAAGUUAAAACAGCAGCUGAUCUGACGAUCGAUCUCCAUGUUUUGCAACGUGACGCUUUGUUUUGAUUAAUCUGCGCAUGUCAGACGGCAGUUGUCAAACGUCCUUUCGGAAUAAAGGCAGUCACAUGUAAACGCUGGAUCGGAAUAGAUGAAGUGACAUGUAAACAGCUGAUGUGAAAUUUCCAUUCAGAAUGAUUUGAAUCGGUAUGAAUAAAAGUCAGCAUGUA